UGCAAUUAAAUUGUUAUAUUUUUCUGAGUGCAGAGUAAUUUUCGUUUGUUUGUUUCCGUUUGCUGCAAACAGUGUGCAAUAAUAAAGUUAAAUAAAUCAAUCAAUAAAUAAAUUAGUAUACUUAAGAUUUUUGAUUUAACUGUAUCCAUAAAAACAAAAUAAGCAAAUUCCGUUUAAAAAAAUAAACCAAACACGAAACAUUCUUCCGCUUAGUUCUUUUUUAAUUUUGCCUUAGUCCAAUAUGACCUGUCACAGAAUAAGAAGAAGUUGAAAAAUUACUUAAACCCAUUGCCAUUCCAAUUCGAAUCCGACCGAAAAAAUGUGUGUUUCUGCUUUGUUAGCGCGUUAAUUGCAAAACUAUUUCUAUGCAAUUCACGUCCAACAUCCAAAUGAUAAAGAAAAGAAAAACUCCAUAUCCGCGCAUAGUUAAAAAAUGAGCUCGUCCCGCGGUGCAUUGUUUCGAGAAAUUCAUAAAAAUAGUUGGCUCAAACGUCUAACAACUGAUGGUAAAAAAAUUACAAUUGGUCCCAAGAAAUCUGACAGGAGCUGGGUGGUGUUUUGUGUCCACGACGAUACAGAGGCUCUGUUAGAAGGCUAUGCAGAACCAAGGCUGGCACCAUCGCAUAAUCCUGAGUGGGUGGUCUCAAUGCAAGAUACACAGCAUAUAUCGCACGCGCUCAUACCGAACUCGCACGAAUUCGAAUUUGUUGUCACUCUGAGUAAUGAAGUUGUGCGUUUCCACGCAAUGUCAUGGGAAGUUAUGCAGGAAUGGGUUGAGACUUUACGUUCAAAACUACGAGAGAUGAAAAUAAUUUCACCACGAGAAAAUCUCUAUACCAAACUGCCAGAGGUCCGAGCACCAUUAUUGCCCACCAGAGAUCCAACAUCACCACUACCUGCUACACCACCAGUUCCAGCAGCCAUUGUGCCAGGUGUUGAACGUGUUGUGCCAUCAAUAUCAUCAUCUUCAUCAGCUACAUCUUCUACGACGACGACAACGACGGCGCAAACACCUGCUGGAGUAGUGGCCACAACCUCAAUUUCGAAUGUAGCCCCAUCAACUUCAACUUCAUCAACAACAUCACAUCUGCAAGAUACUCCAAGAAACUCAAUUUCAAUAGCAGCAACAUGUUCCACACCGUCAAUUGUCAAUACUAGCAGCAGCAGCAACGUCUCGGUGGUAGUUCCGUCGUCGACGACGUCAGCAUGUCUCACCUCAAUGUCAAACACUCUAACUCAGAAUUUAUUAAAUAUGCUCUCGGAUCCCAUAAGCAAUUACAGUGAACAACUAAACACCGGAAACUACAGUGGUGCAACUAGUGCCGAUGAUGACGAAGAAGAAGACUUUUCCGAUUUGAGUGAAGAAUUUGUGAUGUGCCUAGCACGACCUAAACUUAUACCACACACUAAAAUUGCUCAUGCUGCUCUGUCACCGAGAAGCAGCCUAAAUGAAUCAUCAAACCGCAGCAGUUCGACAGAAUUGCAUAAUGCAAUUACAGAUACGCUCAGCGUUCGUCUCGAUAUCAGUUCCCCAGCAAACAAAGAAAAAGAUCGGAAAUCACUGUCACCAGGACGGCAAGUCGUAAGAGCUCAAACAUCGCGAUCUCUUUCGAUAUCGGAAACAACCCCAGAAAUCACAACUGUAAACAACAACAUAACCGAAUUUGAUGUCGAAAAGGACCUCGACGAUCAUCCCCCACCACAACCACAACCACCGCUAGAAAAAGCUUCUUCGGAGUCUUCCUCGACGAACAUAACAAUAAUUCAAGUAUCAAAUCCGUUGCCAUCUUCCAACAAAGGACCUGAAAUCUUCAAAUUUCCCGACCCACUCAACAAUCACGACGAGGAAUACAAAAGCAAUGUUCAAAUUAUUCCGUCCAAUCUUAGUACAAUUCCCGUUCAUGCUAAAUCAGCAAUUGCUAAUCAAUAUUCGUCCCCAGCCAGAGCUAAUGCUGUAAAGAAAAUAAUUCCUGCGCCAUCUUCACAUUUGGAAAAUCAUAAGAUCACAACUGUAAGAGUGACAGCGGCAAGCAGCACAUCAAAUACUUAUGGCUCAGUUUGUCCAAGCUCAUCCUCCUGCUCCUCCUCUUCGGCUCAAACUCCCAAAUUGUCAAAGAAAAUCAUUUUAACCACAAACACUUCUGGAGUAACGAACAUUGCUGUGAAUAAUGAUGUCCAACAAAAGACGGCGCACUACGAGAAGGUAUUUCUCACAUCAACUGUUCCCAUAUCAACGCCGAAGUCAGGUGAAAAUCUUAACGUUGCUUCGGUGUGUUCACCCAAGAUGUCACGAGUAAAGAAUACGGCUAGUCAAUCGAGUGUCCCCCAAUCUUCAACGUCAUCACCCUUACAUUCAGCUGGACUGAAGAAGAAAUCAUUAACUGCUGAAUUAAGUCGAAUGAGUAUCGCAACGCAGACUACGGGUACUUCUACUGCGACAGCAGGAGCGGUGAGCAGCAGUAAUGGUGCACAGCUGCCGUCAACUUCGACAGCGUCGCCAGUGCACGUUGCGCGAAAUCCGAAAUCCAGUCCGGCAAUGCAUAGGAAACGACUGCUGCAAGAUGGCCGAGAGAAUUGUCCACCUUCGGCGCUGGCAAAUCGACCCUUCCUUACACGAGGACUUACCGAAGCUGUGAUAACUGCACGACCUAGUCGUAAGGACAUGAAUAGACCUUCUCACCUCAAAGGCAAUCAACUUUCGAACAAUAAUGGCGAAGCACCCUCUGCGAUCGAGCGCACUCGCUCUGAGUCUCUGGAGCAACGCAGACGCAGUUCUUCGACUUCGGACGCCCCAUCGCCACGCACGCCACGAACAAAUAACAAUGAGCCACGGGCUUCCACACGCAUGCAGCAGCCACCGCAACCAUUUCGGUUGGCACACGAGAACGCCCUUAAUGCGCAAUCUUCAAAACGCAUGACCUUGCGGGAACAACAAGUGCUGCAAUUACGUCGUGAAAUCAUGCAUCCGGGUGGUGUGAGAUUACAACUGAGGCGGAAAGAUUGUAUCGCUUCCAUUGCAUGGGUCGAUGCAUUCGGAGCUGUUUGGGUCGCUGGUUGGAAACAAAAAGAGCAUCCGGUGCUAUACAACGCUCUUCAUAUAGGCGACCAACUUAUCUCUAUCGCCGGCAUUACAAUAAGCUCAGCAAGUGAAGCAAAUAAAGUGAUUCGUAAUACAAAUACUCUUUUUCUUGAAGUCUUAAUUCGGCGAGUGCCAUUUGGACGUGGAUAUGCAAUACGCAGGGAACGUGACGGCCAGUGUCUGGGCUUAAUUCGCGAUGGCAAUACCUCGACAAUUGUAGAUGUUGUGCCAAAUAGUUUGGCUGCCCGCCAUGGCCUUCCUCCCAAGACUCAAUCAUGUGAUGGCACAACUCUGACAUUUUGGGUGCUAACAGAAAUCAACGGCAGACCACUGAAUUUGUUCUUUAAAGAGAACGAAAUUCGUGACCGACUUAAUUGUAUUGGGCGUGAUAUUUCUAUUCUUGUUCAACCCUCAGAUCUAAUCACGAAACUUAAGAAGCAACUUAAAUCUUUACGUAGCCAUAAGGAUUACAUAGUGCAGUAAAAUCAACAAACACACAAAAUAAAUCAAAACAAACAAAAAUCACAUAAUGUUCUAACAUACAAACAACCAUGGCCAAAAUAAAAGGAACAAAACUUAAUUUUUGGUAACUAUAUAUUUUUUAGGACGUGUGUGAGGCAACUAAUCAAAAAUUUAACCACAAUAUUUGAAUGGUAAAUAUUUUGUUUAUGUUUCAUUUUUUGUUUUUUUUUUUUUUUUUUAUAAAAUUAGUAUUGGUUUUUGAGAUUAUCGGGCCCAUUAAAAAAUGGCCAUAACAAAAGGAACACUAAGUAAAAACCUUAAAGAACAGAUCACGUCAAUUUGAAUUUAAUUUUUGGAUGGAUUAUAGCUUUGAU